GGUUUGGUGCGCAUUGUAUGCUUGCCUGGUUUCAGUGGUGCAUGGAUGUAAUCUCAUCAAUGAUGAUGUCUGCAAUAUGAGGAAAACAUUUGGUGUGUGUGUUUGUCCCAUGUGCGUUUGUUUAGAAGAUAUGCAUGAGUGGUCAGUGAGAGAGUAUGUACAAUCUGUGUGCAUAUUAUAUGUUAAAAAAUUACUUGAAAAUAAAUUAACAUUGGCAACUUACUUUGCGCUACUUUAAGUCAAAACCAUGGGUUUCCAUCAGCUGCAGUAGAAAUUAAUCUGGCGGUUUAUUUGUUGCCAUCUGUGUUUUAUAUAUGUUGUGGGGUUUGGAUGAGUUUCAACCUCCUUCAAUUGUAAACUGCUCCCAGUUUCUUUGUGUUGUUAACGACCUCUUUGAUAUCCCUUUAUUUUAUUGCAGCUUUUUGAACACACUUCCAACCAUCUCUCCUCUUCCCUUGUGUCUAUCUUUCCUCAGUGUGAGUCUAUCUGUCACUCUUAAUGUUUACAUAUGACCACGGUUCUCUGUGCUUGCCGUGCACUCAUGAAUGAAUUUCCUUCACCUGGUCUUUCCAAAGAAUUUAUAUAAAACACUGAUUUCAUGCCUGAGGAGGCAAGGGGGAGUUGGACAGGCAGAUGUGGCUGAACUUACUGGGAAGCUGAGCUCACCAGGGCACCAUUUUUACAGGUUCCACAGGCACCUAUAAAUAUGGUGUUAAUGGUAAUGAUGGUUCACAACACUGAAAUAACCAUUUGCUCCAUGUACAGGAUUAAUUUUAAUGUUAGGAUAUCAUUAUAUUCUGAUGACUGACAUUGGACAUUUUUGUUCACAAUCAUCCUUGUGAUAAUCCUGCUUUUGGACGUUCCAUUGUGUUUCUUAAUCCUAACUGUUGACCUCGUUUCUUCACAUGGGAGGCCUUUGACGGUGCAAUUUUCCCUGUUGCAUUUCACCUCUGACCCUUGUUAUCAAUGAAAAAGGCUUGCAAAGAUCAUUAGACACCUAUGGAACGGAAUAGAAGUAACCACAAAGUCUACUUGCCUCGUUUAAGGACCAGAUUUGCCAUACCUGCAGCUUUGAUGUUCUGAGGUAUGGUCAACGACAUCAAAAUAUGCAGUGACUUUUUAAUCAGGAAUAUUCUAUUUGAAAUCUGUAUUCUGUAUUUGAAAACUCAAAAUAAAAAGGAGCUUCAGGUUAGGCAAAAAAUUUGCGGUGCGUUGAUUUCACUCUCGGCAAUUAAUUAAUUAAUUAAUUAAUUGAGGGUUGCCCUCAACUCUCAGCUGGCCAACCAUCUUUAUUGAAUGUCCCGCUGCGGUGUUCUUGCUGCAGAUAUCUGCUGUUCUCUGUAACCGAGUGUACAGACUCUUGAUCUCCACGAACGAAUAUACUCUUCAAUGAUGAUGGAAAAUUUCAAAACGAGCUUAUCACUGUAGUGAUCCCCUGGCGGGUCAACAAUGGGACAGUGCCUUCUUUUUCUACAUUUUAGAGCUUUCUGGGGUCAGAGGAAAGAAAACUUUUGAGAAAAUCUUCAAGAUUUCUUUUUGGCCACGAGCGAAGAUGUUCGUCCAGAAUACCAGCUUCCCCUCAAAAAUGGAAAAUGAAUAAAGUGGCUCUGGAUUGACUGAACAGAUGACGAGCAAAGUCGUUUCAUGAGAAAAUCGUUUAGUACGAACUCUGCAGCCAUGCCCAAGCUGAAGCGAGUUUCUUCGGAGAAGAAGCAGAAAUACUGGCGGCAGCUGAAACGGGACCAGAGGCAGCUGAACAGAGAGCACAGUGACCAGGCCAUGGAGUUUGAUGCUACCCCUGAAAGUUCCGCAGAGCAGGCCUUAGCUCAUGAGAUCUAUUCUGAUCUGGUAGACGAUGCGUGUCUGGGGCUCUGUUUUGAGGUGCACCGAGCUGUGAAGUGUGGUUAUUUCUUUUUGGAUGAGACGGACCCUGACAGCAUGAAGGAUUUUGAAAUUGUGGACCAGCCAGGUGUGGACAUUUUUGGUCAAGUCUACAAUCAGUGGAAGAACAAGGAGUGUGAAUGUCCAAACUGCAGUCGUAGUAUCGCCGCCUCCCGCUUUGCUCCUCAUCUGGAAAAAUGUUUGGGAAUGGGUCGCAACAGCAGUCGGAUUGCAAACAGAAGAAUAGCCAGUAGCAACAACCUCAGCAAAUCUGAGAGUGACCAAGAGGACAAUGAUGACAUCAAUGAUAAUGACUGGUCAUAUGGAUCUGAGAAAAAAGCAAAGAAGAGAAAGUCUGAUAAGAAUCCUAAUUCGCCACGGAGAUCCAAAUCUCUAAAACAUAAAAAUGAUUUAGUUGAUGAAUACCCAUUUGCAGGGGAGCUCAGUGGAAAUUCUGAUCCAUAUAAGUACAACAAUAAUUCUGGCAUCAACUAUGAAAACCUGGGUCCUGAAGAAUUACGCUCAUUGCUGACAACGCAAUGUGGUGUCAUCUCUGAGCACACCAAGAAAAUGUGCACAAGGUCAUUGCGGUGUCCUCAGCACACAGAUGAGCAGCGGCGAUCUGUACGGGUCUACCUCCUGGGAUCUUCAGUAUCCCUUCCGGAAUCUGAAGUAACUGUAGAGAAUGAGAGUUACGAUGCCUCAGAGAGUCAGAGCUUUAUGAGCCGACUACAAUGGGAUGGCACUUCAGAUAUCUCACCUUCUGACUCAGCAUCUUCCAAAGCAAGUACCAACAAUUCUGAUUCCAAGAAGAGCAAAAAAAAGAAGCCUCACCUAGGACUUCCUAGUGCUCCUGGCAUGAGCGGCAGUAAGAAGAAGAAACUGAAAGCACCUGUUCCACCCACAUCUAGUAUAUAUGAUGACAUCAAUUGAAAAAAUGGAGCUACUUCUUCUCCUACUCUGUCUCAACAAGUUUCACAUCUGCGGUUACUUUGAUGAGAUGACCAUUGAACCACCCACUUCCUGAGAAGAGUGGAUUCGCUUCAAGAUCGUACUUGAGCCUUGGAUGAUCGUGGUCCUGUAAACUGAAGGCUUCAUUCCAUGAUGGUUGACAUUGUCUUUUAUUUAUUAUACAAAGAAUGAGGGAUUUUGCUGGUGUACAAAGCUGAUGAAAUAUUGCUGUUUGAUUGCAUUAAUUGUGUCCUGGUCUCAAUGACAAAAACUCAUGCCUGAAGCUGCCACUCAUUUCUGACUUGCCUCUAGAUACACCUUUAUAAUCCCUCAUUAUGCCAGAUCUGGCUAUGAGUUUGCAACUAUUCCCCUUUAUACUGCAACAUUUUGUGAUGUCAGAGUGCUGCUCAUAGCAUUUGUGGUGCCAAUUGUGCGAGGGCAAGUUAGUCACUGUGUAACUUUAUAACGUUACUGUGUAUUUAUCAAAGGUUAGCCUUUCUGAUUGCAGUGUUCUUCAUAAAGGCUGUGGAGAGCAGGACAGUCACCAUGGUAAGUGCAACAAAUGAACUACGACGAUCGAGAAAGGUGUGAAAAUGCUUCUCACGGCUGGAUUUAAUCUAAUGAUCCUGACGAAUAACGUCAGCAUCACAAGCCGGAUAUCUUUGCUAGUUUAUCCGAACUGUAAUUCAAAAAUAUUUCAAUUUGUCCAUUGCACCUUUUUAAAGCUCCACACUUCAGUCAAUUGAAAUAUUAGUUUAAAUACUGCUAGGUAUUUAUGUCUAAUCUUGUAACAAUUUCCAAAGCAUCUAUUGACUAUGGUUUGUAAGGGAUUGACUAUUCUCAAACAUGGCCUUGCCUUUCAUUAUUUGAAUAAUGAUGGCUGAGCAAAUUCUAUAAUAUGGAUCAUAUGAUAUGGACAAUGAUUGAUUUCUUAAUGAAACAAAGAUCUUGAAGGACUUCUCACGAGUCUCUCAUGAAUUUGAAAUGCAAUCCGGGCACAAGUGUCGUUUUCUUUUGCCACUUGUCAGUUGGAAUUGAGGCACAAGGCUGCCAUGGUUAGACAGUCAAAGCAGCACGGCAGAUGGAUGGACAGCAGCAAACCAUCAAGUCCCUUUUGGUCAACACCGAGUUGGUAAGUUGGCAACUCAUUACAGCCUGUUUGCCGUCAUGACAUGGAUGCCUUGGUCCUUUUCUUUUGAACUAAUGGAUCAAAUAGGAUCAGCGCAAAUGGUUGCAUCUCACGUUGGAAAACGUCAGUCGAUUGUUUGUGAGACUGCCCUUGUUUCCAAUCUUAUUAAUGCGACAUUGGUUGACAGAAAUUGAUAUCCAAGUUGGAUUAAGGGGUAGUUGCAGAAGGAGACCAUUAAUUGUCAUCACUUUUCAAAGCAGCAUGUCAUUUUUUUUUUUUGCCAAUGGGACCAAAUUGGACGUUUCAUUUUUGUUUACAUCUGAGAAGCUGGAAGUCUCCCACCCCCCCCCAAAUAUAUAUACAAACUUAACAUGGGUGGGUCUCAAUAGCCAUUUGACAUUAAAAUGGUUGGGAGAAAUUAUCUGCGUGCUGCUUCCUGCCGAGCAGCAUGAUGUUGCCCAACACUAAAAAAAACAUUGCACUUUACGUCUGAUUGUGUGUGUAUGCUGGAUUUGAAGGGUUCUUCUGGACUUGAUAUGGCCCUUUCUCAGGGCCCUGAAAAAAGAACCUACACAACCGUUGUGAAAUGCUUUGCAGAUGAAACUGAAUGAUAUGUCGUAGAUUUCAAAGAGAGGAAAAUGAAAAGAAAAUCAUGAAUGAAUUUGGCAAAUGCCUUGCAUUUGUAUUUUAUGUUGUAGCCAGCUGACCUGUGUAGCACAUUGAGCGUGUUCUUUUGAAUCAUUAUGUAACAAUGACUAAAACUUGUGCUUCCAGUUUCAUUGCAUCUUGACUAUAAAAACAAAAUAUAAAUCAAGGAGUGAAUGCAACAGAAUGAAUCCUUGCUAUGCAAACAGGCUAGUCUACUUUUGAUGGACAAAUAUAUUCUGUUUUGGAUCCUUGCAGAGCAUGGCAAAUGCCUUAUAAUUGGACAUCAGUAGCUAUAAUAUAACAGCUAUAAUAUUUUUGCCUCGUUAAGGUUGUAUGAAUAAGAUUACAGCAGGUAAGUACAUUGGAGCUGUCGUCUUUGCUUUUCAUAUUAACAAUUUUAUUUAAGAGAUUUUAGAUGAAUUUCAAUUAAACGGAUAAUGUUUGACACAUUUAUUUCUGGAUUUUUUAUAUUUUACCUUGUGAUUUAGGUUGUAAUUUGCAGCUUCCCUGUAUCUUGGGCUAGAGAAUUGGAGCAGACUAAAAUAGUCAGAUGGGUGUUCUUGAGUUGUAAGGGUUGUUCAUUUGUCUAAACAAAUGUAUGCGUGCAUUUGGGAUUUGGGAUCCCUUUUAAAGUCAAGGAAGUGAUGAUUUAUCUUCUGUCUUUGCAAGUGUUCUGUCGGAUAGGCUGGUGUACCAUCUGCUGGUCAGAGAGGUCACUGGCUAUCCAUUGUAUUACCAGUCAUAAUUGCAGCUGUAAGCCUGUGUGUGUGUGUGUGUUAGUUUAUAGCGAAAUAUCUACUCUUGUUUACCACGUUGGAUCAGUAGUGGAGCUUUGGGAGGCCCUGAGGUUGUGAAAAGUGCUACAAAGAUGCAGGUCUUCCCUUCUGUAGCAAGAGAUAAUGUGCCUUUCUAGUGCAAUACCUCGAUGCUGAUCAGAUGUUUGUUACAGUCCCAAUUUUGUCAACAUCAAGUUUUAAUUUUCAUAGGAUCUAAGAGUUCACCAUCUUGAAUGCAAGCAAUUGCCUAUUCAUAGGGCAGCAGACAUUAUAGUGUAACUUGCCCAUGAUGUCUGCAGUCCAGACUAAUUUGUCAAUUUAUUGAUUAUAUAAUUUGUGAGUCAGUAACAUAGGGAAUAUAAUUGGUUGGAACAUAUAAAAUUGCUCAGCAAUUUGAAUGAAAACCAUGAUCCUCCUAACUGUUGUAACAGUUUAAGGGUUGGAUGGCUUUAAAUACUUUUAAAAGCCUGUAUUUUUUUUUGUCUAUGUUUAAUUCUGAAUGGAACAGUAUGGCAGUUCCAGGUUAGGCUGAUUUUUAAACUGAGGUUUUAUGGGCACUUGUCUCUAAUGUGAAAAUGGAAAUGUCUCCUCAAUAUUAGGAUUUUUAAAAAUUAUAUUUUAUAACUUGUUUGAUCCUUUAUUUUUGUUGUACCAAAUUCUAUUAUGCCUAGGCAAAAUAAAAUCUAAAUAUUCAUACAUAUAGUGCACAAUUAGUGAAAGAUCAUUCUUUAAAUGUGUGCCGUGUCUAUCUCUACCCAGAGGUAGCAAUGUUGCAUGCAGCACCUCACUUAGAAUAUUGAUUUAUUUAAUACAAAUGUUUAGCACAACAAACAGUGUGCCACCAAACAGCACAUGCAUCUUACCACAUGACAAGUAUUGAUGUUCAUUUUUCAUUGGUACGGAAGGUUUACUCCUGGAGCUGAGGAUCCUGAAAUACUCAUUCCCUCUGCAGAUCUGAGAUACUGGCACUGGCUUUUCUAUACCAUAUAUUGUUGAGUUUUUUAACACUGCCAGUCAUAUCUACACUGCUUUAUAAUGCUGUUCCUCUUUUUUAGUUAAUUAUGUCAGUACACAGUCAAUACAUUGGUAGGUACGCAAGUACUUGACACAGACUGAUGUUCAUUUUAUUUUUAUUAAUGAAUAUUGUGUAAAAUUAGCAAGCUUCAUCAUUAACAGCGUUUCUGUUACAAUGUAGUAAUGCCAGAAUUCUUGCAGACCUAACAAGCGUGGAAGCACAGGGUGAUCUUACAGAUUUGCUAUUUAUAGCUGAGGGUUACAGAUAGCCAUGUAUACUUUGCUGUGGGAUAUACAGCAUUUACACAGUCUUACUAAGUAUUUAGCAGAUGUGACUUUCAUAAAAACUGAAGACUUCCUCUGUACUUGAUGAAAUCUUAGAUUGCUUUGGUAAACAUCCUGUAUCGGCAUUGUAUGGAAGCAGGGAAUCACUCGAGUUGCUGUGUAACACUGAAAGCCACAUAGCCCCCCAAUAAUUUUUGUCUUUGGCUGAUAAACUGGAACCACAAGUUUUGGCAUUUAUAUGCAGGUUUCAGCAGGAUGUGUAUAAUCACGAGUUUUCAGGGGAAAACAACAUGGUGUAAGAUGUUUGGCUUACAGUUCUUUGUGACGUGUAGUGAUACAGAAAUAUGCAUGCAGUUAUAUCUGUUAAUCAGUCUAUGGCCCUGAGUUUUAAUUUUUCAUACAUAUCCCCAGAAAUGCUGGUUCACUGUAUAUUUCUGUAAUCCAUAGUGACUACGUGCUGCUUCAGUGUAAAUAAAGGUGUACAGUUGAACUGAA